AUGCCACUGCCGUCUUGUCAUUCAAGUUGUUUGCAGAUAAGAACCAUGUUGAAGAAUAUGCUGCAUCUGAAGCGCCCAUGGCAACGCGGAUCGAAAGCAUUUUGGCAUCUCAGUGCGCAGAAGAUCGAAAAGAAGAUCGAUGACCUUGACAAGAAGAUCGAGAAGAUCCAUGCUGGGCACAAGGAAAUGCUUGCUCAAUGGCAUGAUUUCAAGCUGGAGAACGUAAAGGAGAACGAAAAGAACGUAAAGGAGAACGAAAAGCGGUACCAUGACUUCAAGUUGGAGAACGAAAAGCGGUGGCAGGAGUUUCUUUCCCGAGACGCACAGAAGUAUGCAGAAUUCCUGACAGCACACAGGACCGAGUGGAGAGAACUCACUUUGGCCUGGGCUGGGUUAAGGGCUCUGGCUGCACUUUCCUUGCUCUUCGGCGGCCUCACCACCAUCAUUGUCAAUUGGGACAAAUUUUCGAAAUCCCUGAAUGAGUUGACACAGUGA